UUUAUUCUUUAAACUAUGGAUCAGGUUUAAUUUGAGUUUAGUCUGUUCAGUCUCAGUCUGUUAGUGUCUUAGCAUAUUAGCACGGAGCUGUUGGUCCUUUUUCUAUUUAGUUCGAUUAUUCGAUCAGUUUAUGUCUGAUCACUGAUCACUUACACACGUGGUCAGUGAUAACGACGCAGAUGGUUACGUGUAAUACUCGACUAGAAACUAUUUUAACUCGAGUUUGUUAUGAUUUUGAUGUUUUAUCAGACGCACGUCAGGGCCGCCAUGUUACAGUCAGACUAACGUCAUGUGCGACAGACAAGUUAAAGACAGACAUACCAUCAACCUGAAAACACCCAGUACCAGGAUGGAGGACAGCAGAGGGGCAAUGACGAGACAGACUGAUGGAGAAGACAAAGUGUGGAGGUCUUCCAUUAUGGAACCCAGCACCCUGCAGUGUCCUGGAGAUAGAAGGACAGGUGGUCAGACAGGUGGACAGACGGGAAAAGCUGACAGGAUGAGUGUGAGGUCAAGUGAGGUGGCCAGUUGGACAGAAAGUGAGAGAGAGCUGAUGCCUGAGGGGGAGAGGAGGGAGGUGCGGGAGGAAAGGGCAGGUGAAGAUGAGGAGGCGGGGGUAAUUGGAGAGUGGGUAGGGUUGAAGACACACCUGGAAGAGGAGGCAGCGCCUGCAGAGAACCACCUGCCAGAGAAAGCAGCUCAUGUGUUCAGCCCUGCCGUGACCAUCCUCCCCUCCCCCUCGUCACCCAGAGAGAGUGAGGCAUUCUGGGAAACGGAGUCAGAAAAGAGUCCUUUCCUGGGCCCACGAGGAGUCCCCCAGGACUACAGCCAACAUGGCUACCAGUAUGAGUGGACCGAAGACACAUCUCCUGCCAGAUGUGGUCAGAGCUGUCCCAGCAGGGACUUCCUGAAAGUGGGCGUGUCCCUGGUGAUGUCAGCGCUCUUCUUCCCCUUCCUGGUGUGGGGGGGGUUUGUGUUCCUGCCGUUUGACGCGCCCCUGCUGGAAGGUGCCCCCCUAAAGCUGGUUUACACGCUGCGCUGCUCCGUGUUCGCUGCUGCUCCCAUCAUCCUCGGUUGGCUCAUCCUGGGUGUCACUCGGCUCCGGUCAGGUGUGAUUCAGCCUCUGUUUGAUGAGGAACUGAAGGAGGCGGAGCUUCAUGAAGUCACCGUCCAUCGCCGCUUUGUCUCUGACUCCACCUCCCUGUUCCUGAUCUACUUCCUGCAGCUGGCUGUCAUGGCGAUGUACCUGAGCCAGGAGCACCUAAAGCUUGUGCCACUGCUGACCGUCGUCUUCGCCUUUGGACGGCUGGUUUACUGGGUUGCCGCAGCCUUCGGCAGCAGCGUACGUGGUUUCGGUUUCGGCCUCUCCUUCCUGCCGAGUUUCACCAUGAUGGUUGCAAACAUCUACUUCAUCUUCACAGUGGAGACGGGGGGGUCCAUCUUCAGCCUCCCACUUCCUUCUGAAGAGAUGCUGACUCCACCCACUGGCAGACAGAGGUUCUGGGGAUGAAACCUGAUCAAUAAUCAAUAACCCUUCUGUCUGCUGAAAUAUUUUUUAAUCAUAUUUGUUUUUUCAAACAAAUGUGAUUUAUAAAAGCUUUUUUUAUGAACUGAAACUGUAGAACAGAAAAACAGAAUAAAAGAUAAAAUAAUAAAAUUUGUGUUUAUAAAAUUCCCGCCCACUUAUUGUAUAACACCACCCACCCCAGCUAAUGUUUGUUUCAUUCAUUUCUUUUGGUAAAAAUGUGAACAGAAACAGGGACCUGGAUCAUGAAGCAAAUUCAUCUUAGUCUGGAUCACUUGGGGUUGUCUUGCUUCAUCAAGUCUAACAUCUCCUGUCAUGGAUUACCUGUAUCGUGAAGCUGGCUCUGUUAAUUUUGAGUUUAAUAAUCCAGCUAUGAGUGACUUCCCGUGACAGAGGAGGAGUUGUUAAGGAGAAGUGACUUCAUCAGAACCAUUAAUGAAAUUAUUAAUAUGAUAUUAAUACAGUAAAACCUGUAGGUAAAUUCAGUUACAGUGAAGCACAAACUUUUAUUCAACAAGGUGAAAUACAUGGAAAGUCUGAAACAGAAAGACAAUUCUAUGGAGCUAGAAAAAUAUCUAUUGAUCUUUAUUAUUUUUCACGUUAUUGUAAAGUGUUUUGUCCAUGUCAGGAUCCUGUAGGAAUGUGUUUCCUUUGAUCUGAUUGGUCAGUGGUCGGUAUCCUCUGAAGUUAACAGGUUAGCCCUGCAGAAUAGGUUACAAUGGUGAUCUACCGUAGUCAUCGUCAUACCAUCGACUAGCUUCCAGAGAGCUGGAUAACUCACUGAUCAUCCUGCUCAACACCCACGGCUACAAUUAUUAAUAUUAUCAUUAUUAUUAUUAUAUUUAGUUUUAUUAGUAUUAUUAUUCCGCCACAUUAUUAUUAGUUUAAUUGUUAUUAAACGUCUUUAUGUGGAACCAGUUUAAGGUUUCUACCUGUUAACCAAGUGCUUGCUCAUGGAGCAAUGUUGUGUGUCUGUAUAACUAUAAAGAGUCCUGGUCUAGACCUGCUCUAAAUGAAAAGAGCCCCGAGAUAAUCUCUGUUAAGAUUUGUUGCUAUAUAAAUAAAACCGAAUUGAAGGUGAAUUGAAUUUAUUUAUUUUUAUAGAUACACAGUAACUCAUUAACACGAACACAUUAACCCUGUGCAAUUUGUCAGUACUGACUGAUUCUGUAUUGAUUAUUGAUCUUUCAGUGCUCCAAUCAGUGUGUACUGAUUAUUGAUUGGUCUGUUCAAUCACACGAAGCCGCUGUUUGUUUUUCUGGUUGAACCGGCCUGACCGACAGAUGACACCAAAAACCAAACUGACAGGAAGUACUGCCAAUCUGCAUUCAAAAUAAAAGCACCAAGACUACAAGUUCAAGAGCUUGAUCAGUUUUAAUGUAAAGUGAUAUCUCUGAUGGGAAUUUCUGUGUGUGAAAAUAUUAUUGCCU